UGAAGCCUGGACUUAGCCCAACGGCGACCACUACCACUGUGAGUGGACUUGAGAAUACAAAUUGGAUAGAAAAAGACAAGCAGUCUGCGUUUACAAACUGGAAUGUUAUGGACAGUUGCAAUUUGAGGCCAGAGAGUGUUAAACAGCCACAGGAAAAAGUGACAGACAAACAACUAGAGACAGGGGCUAGGGAAGUGAGACAACCCAUUCAUCAUUCAGCAUCCAGAGCUCUGAGUUGGGUUAGUGAGGUCAGACAGCGUAGUGCUUCCAUGGAUACGAAGCAUUACAGAGAGCCGAACUGCCAUGGUGAAAUUGAUACCAAGGACUACACCAUUUUGGAGUCCCGACAGAGGAAAGCAAUGCCUAAGGCCUGCAACUCAGCAAGGAAGGCCUUUUUCCUCCGAAGCAAGAGUGUGGACGCAGGCCCAGACCAGGCCAAGCUGCACCAGCCUCUACAUCAGAAACUGAUAAAGGUCAAUCAAAGGUCCAAGAAUCACUUGAACACUCCUGGGUCCAGUGGCCCUGGCACAAAGACUUACCUCAGCAAGGCACCUGGUCCAGCAAAGGCAUCAGUACAAAUGUUUGAGAAAGGUAAGAAUGCUACUGGUGCAAGAACUUCAGGGCCACUUGAGAAUAGGGUACAGAGCUCCCCUUCUUCUUCACCUCAGAAACUGGUCAAGGUAUUUAAGCCACCUGGGCUGAAUGAUUACCCCAAGAGACCAUCUAAAGUAUCCCAACCAGUCUCCAAACUCACAUCAAGUGGAGCAAAAGCCCCCAACUCCAACAAUUCAGCUUGCUUUCCACUCAAACAGAGACAGCAAGACCAGCACUCCGAUCCACCUCGCAAUGAUAUCAGGUCCCUUUCUCCUCCACCCCCACCAGGUCGGACCACCUCCCUACUAAUACGAACUGAUCAUGACUCAUUACCUCAGGUGCAUAAGCCUGUGGUUCAGCCCCAAACCUCUAGCACCGUGAAGGCAACCACCAAUAGCACCAAAUCUCAGUCAAGUCAUCAUUCAUCUAUUUUACAAAAGCAAGCUCAAGCCCCCAUCAAAAUGCAAGACACUCCUCAUAUGGAUCCAAAAAUGGGCUCUGAGAUGAAAAAGUCUCCGAAACUGGUCCCUACCAAAGUUCACCAUACCUUACCAAUUUCUACCCCUAUUCAAGAAUCCAAGGAAACAGCCUAUUCCCACUCCUCACUGAGCUGGACUGUGGCACAAGCCUCUCAUCAGGAAAAUAGUGUCCCCUUUGUGGUGCCAAACCAGGGCUGUUUACCUGUGUCCCAGCAAAGCAAUGAUGAGCCACAAAGUACAGAGCUCUUACCUCAGGCCUCAGCAUCUCUUCUCUGCCAUGACAUAGUUAGUAACUCUCAACAUUCUAUGACCAGGGUAGUGAAGUCAUCCAUUCUUCUUGGCUCCAAAACCAAUGAGUCAACCUCAAAGCCGGGCAACAACUCCACAGUUAACACUGCUACAAAGGGAGUGCAGACUUUUGAAAACCUCUACCAGGACACCUACACACGUCCAAUGAUGCACUGUGUCAAUGCAGCUGUAGCCAAGGUCAAUGCUAGGAGAAAUCUCAAGACCCGCUGUAGCUCACUAGAGGAGCCUACACUCCCACCUACAGCAGCAGAGAAUGGUGUAACUUUGGACUGGGGAUUUGAUGAAGAGGGCUGGCUAUUCAAGCGCUCAGUCUCAGUCUCUACCCGGCCUCCUAUCCACCCAGUUAUGGGCAUGAACGGAGCAAAGGCUCGCAGUCACAGCUUCGGAGCACGUUACAUGGACAGACCAAACGUCAGCAGGUCAGGAAAAGUCCGUACUCACAUCAAAACUAACUCAGGAAGCUCUUUGAACUCUCUUGGUGAUGUAUUUUGGGGUAGUAUGAGUUGCUCCAACAGCUACCAUUGUCCCAUGAACAGAUCCCACGUUAACAAUUUCAUGAUUGAGGAAGGCUUGCCACUACCUCCACAUCUGAGGGCUUCCAGUGAUCGAUUUGAUCUGAAACACAAGAGGUUAAACUCAUCACAUCUCCAGACUGACAAACAGCUCUCUAGCACCUUCUGUGAACCCAUCCAUGGGGAACCAGAAAGGCAGUCCACCAUUGAGGAGAAGGUCAUGAUGGGAAUCAAGGAGAAUUUGCAGAAAUCUCAAGAGCAGGAGAAGACAACUGAAACUAAGCAGAAAUCUGUCUCAUCCCUGGCAAACUGGUUCGGAUUCCGCAAGAACAAGCUCCCUGCUCCGAGUGGUAAAAACGUAGAUAUUCAAAAGGGAAAGGAGGAGAAGAAGGACCAUAAGCUUGGAUCUCUAUUGGGUGGGAAGCAGGCAAAGUCCGACAAAAAGGAGAGGAGGAAAAGUGAAGGUCAUCGAAUGGACAGCUCGGUGGGGAAAAGAGACUCCCAAGAUGCAUUUCUCCUCUGCCUCUCGAUGGCCUCCCAGGGAGCCUCAGUUAACAGCAUCAUGCAAGGACAAACUGGCAUCUGUGGGGACACAAAGACAAAAACACAGAGGAUGAACCUUAGGACUGAUAACGACAAUGGAGCUGCAUUAAAGAGCCCCAGUCAAGAUCACGUGAUCGGCUCCGGCUGCAAGAUGCGAACAUUGGACAGCGGCAUUGGAACGUUCACCCUCCUUGAUUCCUCCUCCUUCCUCCACUUCCUUCCCAAGUCCCCAUCGGCCCAGGGUCACUCCCUCAGCCCACCCACUGUGCCCAGUUCUUCAAGUGCAGAAGUGUCACUCUCCCCAUUACCCAGGUGGAGAGUGCCUGCCGGCUCAAAGGACCAUCCCUGCAGCCAACCAGAGCUUGUCAACUCCUCGUUAUCUGACACCACUGUGACCCUUGUCCAAUCAGUGCCUUAUCCCACUGUGGCCUUCCUUCCUUCAGCCCAUCCCAUCCCUGUCUGAGCCCCUUGUGACCUGUGCCAGUGUAUGUGAUACUCAGAGCAGGCUGCCCAGACUAGCCUCAGGUAAAGCCCAGAGAUAUCUUGUCCAGAGAUACAGUGCCUUCAGAAAGUAUUUCUACACCUUGAUUUAUUCCACAUUUUGUAGUG